GCGUGGAGACUCCGAGACGUGGAACUGACUUUUCUUUGUGUAGGUUUUGGUCAAUAUAAUGUUAAAGAAAACAAUUUAUUGAUUUACUUUCUUUUAUGUUUAUUUUUUCUCUUGAUUUUAUUUUUCAAAAGCUUCAUGGAAAUUACACCAUGUUUGAACGUUCAAAAGCCGCCAGUCCUUUUUAUACCUUACCUUUAUAAAGACCUCCAUUUCUUCACCAUCUUUUUACAGACACAGAAAGAAACCCAUUUCAUACAUUUGUGUGUAUUUUAGCUCAAGAACUCUAAAACUUGGGAUUUCUUCAUUCUUUUUUGCUUUUCUUUUAAAAAAAUAAAUCUGUUCUAUAAGUUCCAAGAAAAGCAACAAGAAACGAAGUGGGUUUUGAUUGUUUUUCUUUAUAGUUGAAGUGAAGUAAUAGAAAAAGUUGUCCAUAAUCAUGGACGGUGAUAUUUUCAGAGCAAGUAAUAGCUUACGAAGAGGGAGUUCUUCAAUAUAUAGAAACAGUGGAGUUGACGUUUUUUCAAGAUCUUCAAGAGAAGAAGACGAUGAAGAAGCUCUAAGAUGGGCUGCACUUGAGAAGUUACCUACUUAUGAUCGUUUAAGGAAAGGUAUACUGGUCAGUGUAUCAAAGGGUGGUGCUAAUGAGAUCGAUGUUGACAAUCUUGGAUUUGAAGAAAGGAAAACUCUGCUUGAGAGGUUGGUCAAAGUCGCUGAAGAAGAUAAUGAGAAGUUCUUGUUGAAGCUCAAGAAUCGUCUUGAUAGGGUGGGAAUUGAGAUUCCAACAAUUGAAGUCCGAUUUGAGCGUCUAAAUGUUGAAGCACAGGCUUUUGUAGGAACCAGCGGUUUGCCUACAUUCGCUAACUUCUCUAUUAGUGCUAUAGAGGGUAUAUUGAAUGCUCUACAUGUCCUUCCAAACAGAAAGAGACCAUUGACCAUCCUUAAGGAUGUAAAUGGAGUCAUCAAGCCACGAAGAAUGACUUUGCUUUUGGGUCCUCCAAGUUCUGGAAAGACCACACUCUUGUUGGCGUUGGCUGGAAAGCUUGAUCCGAAUCUAAAGUUUUCCGGUAAUGUUACCUAUAAUGGUCAUGCAAUGAAUGAGUUUAUACCGCAGAGAACAGCAGCCUAUAUCAGUCAACAUGAUCUCCACAUAGGAGAAAUGACUGUGAAGGAAACUUUGGCAUUUUCUGCCAGAUGCCAAGGAGUUGGAACCCAGCAUGAAAUGUUAGCAGAGUUGUCAAGAAGAGAAAAAGCAGCCAACAUUAAGCCUGAUCCUGAUAUUGAUGUCUUCAUGAAGGCAGCAGCAACAGAAGGUCAGGAGACCAGCGUGGUCACAGAUUACGUCUUAAAGAUUCUAGGAUUGGAGGUCUGUGCAGAUACUCUGGUAGGGAAUGAAAUGAUAAGGGGUAUCUCUGGAGGGCAAAAGAAGCGUGUUACAACAGGAGAAAUGCUGGUUGGACCUGCAAAGGCCUUGUUUAUGGAUGAGAUUUCUACUGGCCUGGACAGCUCAACAACUUACCAAAUUGUGAACUCACUAAGGCAGUCCAUUCACAUUCUUAAUGGAACUGCUGUCAUCUCCCUCCUUCAGCCUGCACCGGAGACUUAUAACCUCUUCGAUGACAUUAUUCUAAUCUCGGACGGCCAGAUUGUAUAUCAGGGUCCUCGUGAACAUGUUCUUGACUUUUUUGAAUAUAUGGGCUUCAAGUGUCCUGAAAGAAAAGGCGUUGCUGACUUCUUGCAAGAAGUGACAUCUAAGAAAGAUCAACAGCAGUAUUGGGCACGUAAAGAACAGCCUUACACGUAUGUCCCAGUGAAGGAAUUUGCUGAGACUUUUCAAUCAUAUGACUUGGGACGAAGAAUUGGAGAAGAGCUUUCAACACCAUAUGAUAAAACCAAGAGUCAUCCAGCUGCUUUGUCAACCAAACGCUAUGGUGUUGGAAAGAUGGAGCUCUUUAAAGCAUGCUUUGCAAGAGAAUACUUACUCAUGAAAAGGAACUCAUUUGUGUUCAUCUUCAAGCUAUGCCAACUUCUAGUGAUGGCAUUCAUUGGUACUACUGUCUUUCUGAGGACUGAGAUGAGCAAGGACACUGUCACUGAUGGGAAUAUCUACACAGGUGCUUUGUUCUUCUCCUUGAUCACGGUCAUGUUUAAUGGUAUGUCAGAGUUAUCCAUGACCAUCGCAAAGCUUCCUGUGUUUUACAAGCAAAGGGACCUUCUAUUCUUUCCUCCAUGGGCAUAUUCUAUUCCCUCAUGGAUCCUUAAAAUUCCAAUUACAUUUUUGGAAGUUGGUGUUUGGGUGUUCAUCACUUAUUAUGUCAUGGGAUUUGAUCCUAAUGUUGAAAGGCUUUUCAGACAGUUCUUUUUGCUGUUACUUGUUAACCAAAUGGCGUCUGGUCUCUUCCGAUUUAUCGCAUCAGUUGGAAGGAACAUGAUUAUUGCCAAUACCUUUGGGUCAUUUGCACUGCUCACACUUUUUGCAUUGGGCGGCUUUGUCCUGUCAAGAGAGGACAUUAAGAAAUGGUGGAUAUGGGGUUUCUGGGUAUCACCACUGAUGUAUGGGCAAAAUGCUAUCCUAGUUAAUGAGUUUCUUGGCCACAGUUGGAGUCAUCUUCCAGCAAACUCAACCUCCAAUGAUUCACUAGGAGUUCAAGUUUUGAGCAGUCGUGGUUUCUUCACAGAAUCAAAAUGGUAUUGGUUAGGAGUAAUUGCAUCAGCUGGAUAUAUGGUCCUGUUCAACAUCCUUUACACCAUAGCUCUCACUGUCUUGGGCUCAUUCGAGAAGCCAACUGCUGUUAUAGCUGAUGAUCAUGAAUCAAGUGACGUAACUGGAGGAGCCAUUCAGCUAUCACAAGUUGAAAGUAGUCGUAGAAGUAAUACAGAGAGUGGAACAAGCAGACAUGAUGAGGCAAACCAAAGCAAGAAAAAGGGAAUGGUUCUUCCAUUUGAACCACAUUCCCUCACCUUUGAUAAUGUUAUAUACUCUGUUGACAUGCCACAGGAAAUGAGAAAUCAGGGAGUCCUUGAAGAUAAAUUGGUGCUUUUGAAGGGUGUAAGUGGCGCUUUCAGGCCUGGUGUUUUGACCGCAUUGAUGGGUGUUAGUGGUGCUGGGAAAACCACUUUGAUGGAUGUGUUGGCUGGUAGAAAAACUGGAGGAUAUAUAGAGGGUAACAUCACAAUUUCUGGGUAUCCAAAGAAGCAAGAAACCUUUGCUAGAAUUUCAGGAUAUUGUGAGCAGAACGACAUCCACUCUCCACAUGUUACUGUGUAUGAAUCCUUAGUCUACUCAGCUUGGCUUCGUCUACCCGCUGAAGUCGACUCUGACACCAGAAAAAUGUUUGUUGAGGAGGUCAUUGACCUUGUGGAGCUGAAUGCACAGAGAAAUUCACUAGUUGGGUUGCCCGGUGUGAAUGGUCUUUCUACAGAGCAGAGGAAGAGGUUGACCAUAGCAGUUGAGUUGGUGGCUAACCCCUCAAUUAUUUUUAUGGAUGAGCCAACUUCAGGGCUAGAUGCAAGAGCUGCUGCAAUUGUUAUGAGAACAGUCAGGAAUACUGUGGACACAGGAAGAACAGUUGUCUGUACCAUCCAUCAGCCAAGUAUUGACAUAUUCGAAGCUUUUGAUGAGCUAUUCCUGAUGAAGAGAGGAGGAGAAGAGAUAUACGUCGGGCCAUUGGGUCGCCAUUCUUGCCAUCUGAUUAACUACUUUGAGGGUCUUGAAGGAGUCAGUAAAGUUACAGAUGGUUAUAAUCCAGCAACAUGGAUGUUGGAAGUUACCAGUUCUGCUCAAGAAUUGACUUUGGGUGUUGAUUUUGCUAACCUUUACAGGAAUUCAGACCUUUACAGGAGAAACAAGGCUAUGAUUCAGGAAUUAAGCAAGCCUGCUCCUGGUACAAAGGACCUCUAUUUCCCUACACAGUACUCACAGUCUUUCUUAACCCAAUGUAUGGCUUGCUUAUGGAAGCAAUAUUGGUCAUAUUGGAGGAAUCCGCCCUACACUGCAGUCAGAUUUUGGUUCACAACCUUUAUUGCUUUGAUGUUCGGAACAAUUUUCUGGGACCUUGGCUCCAAAACGAGCGAGCCACAAGAUCUUACCAAUGCAAUGGGUUCAAUGUACGCAGCUGUUCUCUUCCUUGGGGUGCAAAAUUCAUCAUCUGUGCAGCCUGUUGUUGCCGUUGAAAGGACCGUCUUUUACCGAGAGAGAGCUGCUGGAAUGUAUUCUGCGAUGCCUUAUGCAUACGCUCAGGCCCUGAUCGAGGUUCCGUACAUUUUUGUUCAAUCUGCUGCGUACAGUAUUAUAACAUACGCAAUGAUCGGAUUCGAAUGGGACGCUGCCAAGUUCUUGUGGUAUUUAUUCUUCUUGUACUUCACAUUGAUGUACUUCACCUUCUACGGAAUGAUGGCUGUGGCCUUUACCCCAAACCACCACAUUGCAUCCAUAGUCUCAUCAGCAUUCUACUCAAUAUGGAAUGUGUUUGCAGGAUUCAUCGUUCCGCGAACUCGGUUGCCUGUGUGGUGGAGAUGGUACUACUGGGGAUGCCCCAUCUCAUGGACCCUGUACGGACUGAUUGCAUCACAAUACGGAGACGUAAAGACCCUAAUUGGAAGCGAUGGUCAAACAGUCGAAGAAUAUGUGGAGGAGUUCUAUGGCAUGAAGCAUGAUUUUCUUGGAGUAACUGCAGCUGUAAUUGUUGGAAUCACCAUAGGUUUUGCAUUUAUUUUCGCUGUUUCCAUCAAGGCCUUCAACUUCCAGAGGCGGUAGUGUUCAUAACGUAAGAAUAGGAUAUUCAUAAGGUUUUGUUCGUCUACAAAAAUGAGGCACUAGUGAAGAUUGAGCAACUAUAUAGUAUGUUCAAGUUCAUGUAUAUUUUUCUUACCCUAUAUAUAUAUUUAUUUGUUUCUGAUUCUUCAAAGUACCAUGUAUCCGUUACUGUAUCAACUCUGAAAGGCUUUGUCUACUUGCUUUGCAAGUUACAAGCUGCAAAGCUUUCUGUAAGUCCAAGAUUGUAUAAUUACAUUCUCUUUUAUUUAUUUUAUAUGAUAAAAACAUCCAUUUACAUUACUACAA